CCACGAACAACGUCGCGAAAAUGCUCCAUCUCCGCCGUGUAGUGCAGCGGCGCCUGGGGGCUCGCUCCUGGCCCUGCCGCCUGCAAAGCACCAACGCCAUUCUUCAGUGCGUAGCUGAACGCACUCUUCCGCCUUUUAACAAACUUCGAGCGGAUGAAAUGGUGCCAGCCGUACGCCAAGCCAUCCAGCACUUGGAUCGUGAUAUCCAAGCUGUGGAAGCAUCGUUGCGUGAUACGACCUGCACGUUGAGCUGGGAAAACGUCAUGGACAAGCUGGAAGUGAGCGCUGACCCAUUGGAGCGACUGUGGGGAAUCAUCGGACAUCUCACGAGUGUCAAGAACACUCCUGAACUCCGCGCGGCGCAUGCUGAAUUGCAGGCCGAAGUCGUGACAAUCUUUACGCGGUUCGCACAAAGCGAAGACAUUUUUCACGCGUAUAACGCGUUGAAAAAUGAUGCGGCGACAUGGAACUCGUUCGACCAGGCGCAGCAGCGCAUCCUAGAAGCGUCCAUUCGCAGCGCGACCCUCAGUGGUGUGGGCCUCACAGGUGCCGCCAAGGACCGCUUCAACUCGAUCCAACUUCGCUCCGCCGAACUCAAAACCAAGUUCUCCAACAACGUGCUCGACGCGACCAAGGCGUUUUCUAGAAUUGUCACCAACAAGCAAGACUUGGACGGGUUGCCGCCGUCGGUUCUCCAGCUUUUGGCUCAAAACGCCGCUGCGGACGGCUACCCCGAUUCGACAGCGGACACAGGCCCGUGGAAGCUUUCGCUGGACAUGCCAUGCCUCUUGCCGGUGCUAAAGUACGCGACGAACCGCCAACUUCGUAAGGAGUUGUAUCGAGCAAAUGUGGCCAAGGCCGGCGUCGCCCCUUUCGACAACGUCGACAUUGUCCGGGAGACGCUGCAAUUGCGACAAGAGCGAGCGAAGAUGCUCGGGUUCAACUCGUAUGCGGAACUGAGUUUGGCGUCCAAGAUGGCGCCCAGCGUAGCGGCUGUCGAAGAAAUGAUCGAGUCGUUGCGGGACAAGUGUUUCGGCAUUGCGCAAAAAGAGUUUCGCGAGCUCACCGAGUACGCCAAGCAGCACGGCCACGACAGUCCCGACGGGCUCAGGCACUGGGACGUUGCCUUCUGGGCGGAGAAGCGUCGUGCAGCGCUCUUUGACCUGGACGACGAAGCCGUUAAGCCUUACUUCCCGCUGCCCAAGGUCCUCCACGGGCUCUUCCAGCUCACGGAGCGCCUCUUUGGGGUCACGGUUGAAGCCGCCAAUGGUGAAGCAGACACGUGGCACUCGGACGUGCAGUUCUUCCACAUCAAAGAGCACGGGAGCGUCGUUGCGUCGUUCUUUCUGGACCCGUAUGCUCGGCCUAGCGAAAAGAAUGGCGGCGCUUGGAUGAACACGUGCGUGAACCGCAGCCGGCUGUUGGGACCGACCCCCACGACUCCCCGGCUGCCGGUGGCAUACCUCAUUUGCAACCAGUCUCCGCCGGUGGGCGAAACCCCGAGUUUAAUGACGUUCCGCGAGGUUGAGACGCUCUUCCACGAGUUUGGCCAUGGCUUGCAGCACAUGCUGACGACCGUCGAGUACGGAUCUGCCGCAGGCAUCAACGGAGUCGAGUGGGAUGCCGUCGAGCUGCCAUCCCAGUUCAUGGAGAACUUUUGCUACCACAAAGAGACGUUGCUGUCCAUCAGUGGCCACUAUGAAACGAAUGCUCCAUUGCCGGAGGAACUAUACAACAAGAUCAAGGACGCGCGAACGUACAUGGCGGCGUCUGGCAUGCUGCGCCAGCUCAACUUCGGAGCGCUCGACUUGUAUCUCCACCACCACUACGACCCCCACGCAACGAACGAAUCGGUCUUUGAUGUGCAACAGCGACUGGCGCAACGGUGGGUCGCCACCUCGGUUGAUCGCAACACUUGAUGCACUCAUCUGCAGAUACUCUGUGCUGCCGCCCCUGGAAGACGAUCGAUUCUUGUGCUCGUUCUCGCACAUUUUCGCGGGAGGGUAUGCAGCGGGCUACUACAGCUACAAGUGGGCUGAAGUGCUCAGUUGCGACGCGUUCGAGAAGUUUGUCGAAGCCGGACUCGACAACGAUGCAGCGUUGCGGGCCACUGGUCGGCUCUUUCGAGACACGGUGCUGGCGUUGGGAGGCAGUGAGCAUCCUUUAACUGUCUUUGAGCGAUUCCGAGGCCGUCCUCAGCGCGUGGAUGCGCUCCUCAAGCACUACGGCUUGAGCCAAGACCACUAACGCUGCUGUCAUACCACGUCGUCAAUUGUCGUCGUUGACGAAAAGGUCAUUCCGGAUAUUGCAAAAUUCGGGAGUUUUCGGAUAAAUAUGCGCACCUUCUUUAUAUUCCUGG